AGAGGGGGAGAGAGAGUGAGUGUGUAAGAGAGAAGGAGAGAGAGACCAUCACAGCAGUCAGUUCGCUGGAAAACGCUCGUGGAGGAUUCUUUAACUUGUAUUCUCAUUUAUAUUAGUAUGAAGUGAGCUUUGCAGGGACCAGUCUCGUGAGGAGUUCCAGGAGAUUUACCGAAGACUGCAAACUUUUUAGUUGACUUGUCUUUUAUUUUUUACUCUCGAUGAUUUACGGUCAACUGAGCGGUGGCAGCCGGAGGAGCAGGUGAAGAAGAGAUUCAAAAAGCGGGAUCAACAACCACCAACUCAGCGGGGAAGUCUUCACAAAGGCCCCGUCCACACGGAGAUGAAAACGAAAACGAACCGAGGUCGAUCUCAAAAAAGUAUUCCGUCCACACGGAAUCGGCACCAGAAACGUGUCCGUCCACACAAGACCGCUAGACCCGUUGGAGACGCUGUAGUACAUAUGCCGGGACUGUGCUGGCAGGAUCGCAGAACAACUUGUCCAAACUAAAUUCUGGUCUUUACAAGUAGCCAUGGCUGCCAACAACACCCCUCACGGCUGUGGCCCCAAUGUGGACUCCCUCUAUUACAACUUGUGUGACCUUGAUGCUGUGUGGGGCAUCGUGCUGGAGGCCUUCGCGUCGGCUGGCAUCGUCUUCUCCAUUGUGCUUUUCAUGGCACUUCUGGCCAGCAUACCCUUUACGCAAGACAAGAACCGCAAGAGCUCGGUGGGCCUCCACGCCUGGUUCCUGUUCUUCACGAUGGGUCUCUUCUGCCUGACGUUCGCCUUCAUUGUCGGAAAGGAUUUCUCCACCUGUGCCUCCCGGAGGUUCUUAUUCGGGGUGUUGUUUAGCGGCUGCUUCGCCUGCCUCCUAAUGCAGUGCGUGAGGCUGAACAUCCUCGUCAGGCGGAACAGUGGGCCCCGGGCUUGGGCCUUGGGUCUGGGGGCAGUGGCGCUGUGGCUGGUGGAGGUGGUCAUCAACACAGAGUGGCUCAUCAUCACCAUAGUGCGCCACCCACAGGGGCCACUCAACGCCACAGCCGAAACUAGCACAGCCACGGCUACUCCUUGCAACAUCGCCAACGAGGACUUCGUCAUGGCGCUGAUCUACGUAAUGACCCUGAUCCUGGCUGUGGUGGUGGCAAGCCUGGCCAUCAUGGCGGGUAAACACAAUAAGUGGAAGAAAGACGGUGCCUUUAUCCUUCUAACCAGCUUGGUCUCUGUGGGGAUUUGGGUGGCGUGGAUCGCCAUGUACGUCUACGGGAAUGAGAGGAGAGGGGGGCCCACAUGGGAUGACCCCACCUUGGCCAUCGCCUUGGUAGCCAAUGGAUGGGCGUUCCUCAUCCUCUACUCCAUUCCUGACAUGUGCAGUUUGAGCGGUGACGAUGACAGUCAGCAAAGCUUCGGGGACGAUCUGUACCCCAACAGAGGAGUCGGCUACGAGACCAUUCUGAAGGAGCAGAGCUCCCAGAACAUGUUCAUGGAAAAUAAGGCUUUCUCUAUGGACGAGCCCAACCAAGGGUCCAAGCCUGUGUCUCCGUACAGCGGCUACACAGGGCAGGUGAGGGGUUCAGUGUACCAGCCCACUGAGCUGGCCAUUAUCAGCAAAGGAGGGGGGAUUCACCCUCCGGACGUGUCCUAUGACAUGAUCAUCCCCAGAGCCUCAGCCAGCUCAGCAGCCAACAGCGGGAGCAGCACCCCCUCGACCCGCACUGACAGCAGCAGCACCGCACACACAAACGGACACAGCGGAAAUGGUCUGCAGAGGACGUCCCAGUGGUGAAGAUCCCCAAUACCCCUUCAAAAUAACUUAAGUUCAUGUCUUUUAAUUUGCACCUGUUGGCUGUAUUUAUGCUGUUCUCCAUGGUUCCCUAAGCUGUUUCUAAGAGCAACCUUCAGCCCAGACAUGUGGCAAACGCUGCCUCAUUCCCACUGAUGGAAAACAGCUUCUGUUGACCGUUCUUUCGCAUGAGCCACUGGGUGUCAGAAGUUUAGAGCUUCAUUUGGAAAUCAAAGCGAGGGGAUGAAGCAGAACAAAGACUUUUUGCAAUGGCGGCCUUUCACUGGGAAUGGACUGUGAGCUCUCUGCUGGAGCCAAUCACAGCUGAAGAGUGACGGGCUGAUGGUGCAAAUAUCAUCUCCACGUGAUCACACACACAAACUCCAUGAAAGUCACUGCAACGGCACCAAUGAAACCAUCUUCACUUAUAUUUAACAUAUUCUGCACAUGUGAGUUUAAUUAUAGGAUCUAUUCUUGUGCCUCUAUUUGUGAAUAUUGUUAACAACCACACAUACAAUUGAACUUCUGGUGUUGGAUUAAUGUAAAUAUGUUAUUAAUGUGUCAAUGGUUUUACACUGCAUGAAAGCAUUUUAUGAAUAUGUGUAUUUAAUACUAUUUAUAGCACCACUGUGUGCUAUUCAAUUAUUAUAGAUCCCUUUUAAUAAUCAAAUAAUCAUUUGGAUAGAGCCAUAAACACGCCUGGGAUUAGCUUGUUUCACUUGCUUAUAAUUUUUCACAAUACCAUGAUACUUUUAAGUCCAAAAAUAAAUAUCUAUCUAAUCCAUUACAUCACCUACAGUUUGAGAACCUUGUCAAUCUCACAGAGAUAUUAGGUUAACCUUUUAUAAACAUAUUGUUAGGUCUUAGCUACAGAAGUAUCAAAGCUUCAUGGGAUUUGUAGUUCUUCAAUGUAUAAAUAUCCAAAAGCUGUAUCCAUACUCAUUUCCGGUUCACUAGAUGUAGUCCACGGAAUGGUGAGAUUUGUUAUACCCAUAUGGGACUCAAGUGAUCCUACAAUGCAUCAUAAGGGGUAGUGUACAAUCUAUGGUCCCUAAAGUUCAAUAGCUUAAUGCAGGGGUGUCAAACUCAAUGUCAUCACGGGCCACGUACGAAUUAUGGUUGCACUCAAAAGGCCGGUUGUAACUUUAAGACUAUAUCAAAAUACAUAUAUACAUAUUUAAUAUAUAUAAAAUAAUGCAUUAUAUUACAUGAUUGCCUCUGCAUUGGAUUAUUAUCAGAUAGGGUAAUAACUUCAUAAUUAACUACGUCUGAAAGCAGAAGUCUAGGGCAAGUAAUUGCAAGUCUCUUCAGUGAGAAUGUCACAAAAUAAUUUAAAAAGAAAGCCAAAUUCUGGAGUGUGUGCAAAAUCGCAGAAAAUGCUGUUUUCAGCCUCUCAAAUAUUGAGAUUUGCUGCUUUCCUCUGUUUAUAUCAGAUUUAAGUGACUAUUUUUGGAUUGACAAAACCAGACAUUUAAAGACCUUACCUUGGAGUUUAGUCUUUACAAUCGUUGGCUUAUCUCUGCUGUGCAUUUUUGAUGGUUCCUCCUUCACCCUUUGUAAAGAUACAGAUGUUGUUGCUGGGAAUGAUAUCACACUGGUGAUGGACCUUCAGAUUUCUAAUCAUUUUUUAUUUGAUCCUAAUGUUCUGUUUUUGUACCAAAGCCACACUGUGAAAUGUCUUCAAUAUACACCAAAUAAAUGGUCACUUGUCAAGUUA